UCCACAGCAGCAGGAGGGGCGAGGUGGCCAGCCGCUGAUCCACCGGUAUCAUGGCUUCCUAACUGGACGGCAAGUGUUUGAGAGGAAAACAAGGAUUUUUUGUUGAAUGCCCCGACAGAUUAUCGCCCUUUCCAGAACCUGAGGUUGGGAUUGAGGGGCUCGGCCUCCCUUUUCGCCCCCCACGGCCGCUCCUGGGAUCCAGGGUACACCUUAAUUUUAUUGGUGAAUUUCCAUUCGCAAACCGUGGAAGAUGGCCGACCCGGCGGAGUGCACCAUCAAAGUGAUGUGCCGUUUUAGGCCCCUGAACAACUCCGAGGUGGUCAGAGGCGACAAAUACAUUCCCAAGUUUCAAGGGGAAGAAAACGUUAUUAUUGGGGGCAAACCGUACAUGUUCGACAGAGUGUUUCAGUCAAACACAACACAGGAGCAAGUGUAUAAUGCCUGCGCCCAGAAGAUUGUCAAAGAUGUCCUGGAGGGCUACAACGGAACGAUUUUUGCAUACGGGCAGACGUCAUCCGGCAAAACGCACACCAUGGAGGGGAAUCUCCAUGACACAGACGCAAUGGGCAUCAUCCCCAGGAUAGUUCAAGAUAUCUUCAACUACAUCUAUUCCAUGGAUGAAAACUUGGAGUUUCAUAUCAAAGUUUCCUAUUUUGAAAUUUACUUAGACAAGAUCCGGGACCUCCUGGAUGUGUCCAAGACCAAUUUGUCAGUGCAUGAAGACAAGAACAGAGUACCAUAUGUCAAGGGCUGCACUGAGAGAUUUGUCUGCAGCCCUGAUGAGGUCAUGGACACUAUUGACGAAGGAAAAUCAAACAGACACGUAGCAGUUACAAACAUGAACGAGCACAGCUCCAGGAGUCACAGUAUCUUCCUGAUAAACGUCAAACAGGAGAACACUCAGACAGAGCAGAAGCUCAGCGGCAAACUUUACCUGGUGGAUCUGGCUGGCAGUGAAAAGGUCAGUAAAACGGGAGCAGAGGGAGCCGUGCUGGAUGAAGCCAAGAACAUCAACAAGUCUCUGUCGUCCCUGGGAAACGUCAUCUCGGCUCUGGCUGAAGGAUCGGGCUACAUCCCCUACCGAGACAGCAAGAUGACCCGUAUCCUGCAGGACUCGCUGGGCGGUAACUGUCGAACCACCAUCGUCAUCUGCUGCUCGCCUUCCUCCUAUAAUGAGGCCGAAACCAAAUCCACCCUCAUGUUCGGACAAAGAGCAAAGACCAUCAAGAACACAGUCACUGUGAACGUGGAGCUGACGGCAGAGCAGUGGAAGCAGAAAUAUGAGAGGGAGAAGGAGAAGAACAAGACCCUGAGGAGCACGGUCACCUGGUUGGAGAACGAGCUCAACCGCUGGAGGAACGGGGAAAGUGUGCCAGUGGAGGAGCAGUUUGACAAGGAGAAGGCCAACGCCGAGGUGCAGGCCCUGGACAACAUAAUCAACGAGAAGCAGGCCUCCACGCCCAACGUGCCGACGGUUCGCCUCACCGACGUGGAGAAGGACAAGUGUGAGGUGGAGCUGGCCAAGCUUUACAAACAGCUGGACGAUAAGGACGAGGAAAUCAACCAGCAGAGCCAGCUGGCUGAGAAGCUGAAGCAGCAGAUGCUGGACCAGGAUGAGCUGCUGGCGUCGUCGCGCCGUGACCACGAGAACCUGCAGGCGGAGCUGAACCGCCUGCAAGCGGAGAACGAGGCCUCCAAGGACGAGGUGAAGGAGGUGCUGCAGGCUCUGGAGGAGCUGGCCGUCAACUACGACCAGAAGAGCCAGGAGGUGGAGGAUAAGACCAAGGAGUUCGAGGCCAUCAGCGAGGAGCUCUGCCAGAAAUCGUCCAUCCUGUCUUCUCUGGACUCUGAGCUCCAGAAGCUGAAGGAGAUGUCCAACCACCAGAAGAAGAGGGUGACCGAGAUGAUGUCCUCACUGCUCAAAGACCUGGCCGAGAUUGGCAUCGCCGUCGGCAGCAACGACAUCAAGCAACACGAGGGCAGUGGGCUGAUAGACGAGGAGUUCACCGUGGCCCGUCUCUACAUCAGCAAGAUGAAGUCCGAGGUGAAGACCAUGGUGAAACGCUGCAAGCAGUUGGAGGGCACCCAGUCAGAGAGCAACAAGAAGAUGGACGAGAACGAGAAGGAGCUGUCUGCCUGCCAGCUGCGCAUCUCCCAGCACGAGGCUAAAAUCAAGUCCCUGACUGAGUACCUGCAGAACGUGGAGCAGAAGAAGAGGCAGCUGGAGGAGAACGUGGACUCUCUCAACGAGGAACUGGUCAAGCUCAGCGCUCAGGAGAAAGUCCAUGCCAUGGAGAAAGAGAGUGAGAUCCAGACUGCCAAUGAAGUCAAGGAAGCGGUGGAGAAGCAGAUCCACUCCCACCGUGAAGCUCACCAGAAGCAGAUCAGCAACCUGAGAGAUGAGCUGGACAACAAGGAGAAACUCAUCACUGAGCUGCAGGAUCUGAACCAAAAGAUCAUGCUGGAGCAGGAGAGGCUCCGCGUGGAGCACGAGAAACUCAAAUCCACCGAUCAGGAGAAGAGCCGCAAGCUGCAUGAGCUCACGGUGAUGCAGGACAGACGGGAGCAGGCCAGACAGGACCUGAAGGGUCUGGAGGAGACUGUGGCCAAGGAGCUGCAGACCCUGCACAAUUUGAGGAAGCUCUUUGUCCAGGAUUUGGCUACCAGAGUGAAAAAGAGCGCUGAGAUGGACUCGGACGACACCGGCGGCAGCGCAGCACAGAAACAGAAAAUCUCCUUUCUUGAGAACAAUCUUGAGCAGCUCACCAAGGUUCACAAACAGCUGGUACGUGAUAAUGCAGACCUGCGCUGUGAGCUUCCUAAACUGGAGAAGCGCCUUCGCGCUACGGCUGAGCGGGUCAAGGCCCUGGAGUCUGCUCUGAAGGAGGCCAAGGAGAACGCCGCCCGCGACCGCAAGCGCUACCAGCAGGAGGUGGACCGCAUCAAGGAGGCCGUCAGGGCCAAGAACAUGGCCCGGAGGGGACACUCGGCCCAGAUCGCCAAGCCUAUCCGGCCCGGGCAGCAGCCGGUGGCGUCCCCCACCCACCCCAACAUCAACCGCAGCGGGGGAGGCUUCUACCAGAACAGCCAGACGGUGUCCAUCAGGGGAGGGAGCAGCAGCAGCAGCGGCGGCGGCGGCGGCAUCACCAAGCCAGACAAGAACUGAGGAGCAGCGGGGAUAGAAGGACGACGCCACUGAAGAAGCCAAUAUCAACCCCCCUCCUCGCCCCCCCUCCAACCCGUCAUUCCAUUACAGCGAACCGGCUUCUCCUCGCUGCUUUGGAGCCCCGAAGGAGUUUCUGAAUUAUAAAUAUAUAUAUAUAAAUAUUCCUGGCCUGUACAGCUCCAGUCCCCCCCCCCCCACACACACACACACACACACACACACACCUUCACUCACUCCCCCCACUUCUCAUCAUGACUUAUCGGAUUUCUCGUACUGAAUAUAUAUUAAAAAAAAAAGGAGUCUAAAAAUGUAAUUUUAAAUUUAAAAAAGGGCAAGGUAAUAUUCGUAUCCACCCCGGAAACCAAACGCAGUCUUGAGCACGGCCUCGGCGGGCGAAAUGGGCGAACCCCUCAAACGUGCCGCGUCAGUUUUGGCUUUUGGAUUUUGCACAGUCUGUCGUCACGCGUCGUCGCCGUGCGAGUAGUUUGCGCCCCGUGCCACGCUGAAUGGUCUUCGGCUAAAGCGAGAUCCGGAAACCCCCCAAAAAACAUAAACCAACUAAUGAAAAAAACCCAACCUGAAAUCUAGACCCUGCCACGAGAAAUAGCUUCUAGGCUAACCUCUGUACAUUUCACCGUAACUAUUAUCGGUUGUUAACCACACUUUUCUCUGAAAUAGAUUUGACAUGCUACUUAAAGGAAGAAAAAAACAAAAAAAAAUGACAAAAAAAAACUGUAUGGUUUUUGAAUUGACUAGAUGGCGUCGAGCACUACUGUUCUGUCCGCUCUUCUUGUACAGAUGUAAAAUUGGCACAACUGCACACGCUUCCCUAGAGAGAGAGAGAGAGAGAGAGAGGGAGGGAGGGAGGGAGGGAGGGAGGGAGAGAGGGAGAGAGCUGUAUGGGAACGGCAGGGGGAACGGCUAAAAAGAAGGAUUCCAAAAAAAACAAAUCGUAAAGCCACGACGUGCAACGGUGUACUGUAGAUGUAUUUAACUGAAUACCUGUGGAGGCCAACUGUUUUUAUCAUUAAGUUAAAAAUCCAAACCUAUACUCGUUCAUUGGUGACUUCAUGAGAAGGUCGAAGAAGAAAUGUAGAAGGAAGGAAGAGAGUGAUCCGGUUGACACGACGCACUUCCACCUAUUCUGUUUUUAGCCUUUGCUAAGUAGCUCACGUACUGUUUUUACUUCUCUCGGUGGUUGAGAAUGCUGUGUUGACGGGCGCUGCUGAUGUCUCUCUGCACAUUGGAGCACACGGUCAGAAGGCAUAGACUGAGACAUGGCCCCACCCGAUGCUCGUCCUGUCCCGGGGCAGGGGGUCGUUGUCACUCGCUCUUCUCCAGGACCUUUUUAUCGUUGUACCGGUUUGAUCCCUGCCCUAUCAUUGUUUGUUCUUUUCUUCCAAGGUUGCCUCGCCUCCGUUUUCUCUUUUUGAUUGUUUUUUUUUUCCUCUUCCCUCCCACACCCGUUUUGUUGUUGUCAUUUCUUUAUAGAUUUAGGAUCUGUAUCUGUACAUGCCCCCAUUUGGUUGUAAAUUUGUUUUUGCUUGGUUUUAUGUACUGUAUCUCUUUCAUGGUUCCAUAGAUCAUUUAGAUGCAUAUUUGAAGUGGUGCGGCAGGGGGGGGGGUAUCAGUCGACGGGUCAGACGCUUGCCGCUGAUCAGCCAGUCAGGAGGGCAGGGUGUGAAAUUG